CAAUUUUCUUUUGUUUUAAAUAGUGUUCAGUAUAAAUUACCCGCUAUAACAAACAUUCUUUUAUCAAAAAAAAAGUUAAUUAGAGUUGGGGUUAUAAGCUUCGAGUGGUACUGCUGCACUCAGUUUGACGUCACACAACCUUUAAGUAAUAAUUAGCCAGGCCUGCAUGUGAUUUACUUGUUUUCGCUCUACACUGAAUGCAAUUUUCAUGUGUGUACGAGUAACAGACGAUAUAAUUCUCGAGUGUGUUGAUAAAUUUUUGAGGUACGAUGUAAAGACUUGAACAUAGGUAGCACCUUAAUAUGCUCAGUAGAGAACCCUUGCAAUACCCUUCCAUUGAUUCCGGUACAUAAGAUACAUUAAUAUAAUUUUGUAAGAAAUUACGCUUGCCAUAGCUUAUUGUCGAUACUUGUUUUUCUUUUUUUUGAAAAAUUUGCGAGUUUGUUAUUUGGUUGCGUAAUGUUAAUGCAUGAUUGUGCAACGAGUACUUACUAGUCAUCAAUAACAUACGUUAUCAGAUAAUCACCUCUUGGUGAUAGACACUGUGAAAUAAUAGUGUUAGAAGUUAUGUGAGAUUUUAUCUUAUCUGACAAACUUGAAGAGCGUUUGUGUUUCAGUACUUAUUGCAUAUCAGACUGAAUACCACAUAUUUAUUUGUUUGCACGUAUAAAUUCAUUUGACUUAGAAAAGCAAUUAGUGUUUAGAACAUAUUAACAUGGCUUCGACAAACAGUACUUCUGAAAACGAAAUACAGACUUGGUUAAACAUUGUCUUAAAAGAUGAAAAUUUUAACGACAUAUCUGUUAAGUUACAAGGAAAUUCGGAAAAAGGAGAUGGUUUCAUGGGUGAUAUAGUCUUUAUAUCGGCUGAAGGAACCACAGCUAAUCAGUUGUCAAAGAAGUAUGACCUUGUUUUAAAGUGCAGCAAAAAGAGCAAAGUUUUGCGAGAAAAAGCGCCCGUGCAGGAAGCCUUUGUAAAAGAAAUAUUCAUGUACAAAGACGUGCUGCCAUAUUUUAUUCAGUACCAAAAAGAGAAAGGUGUCAAAGAUCCGUUUAACAGCGUGCCAAAGUUCUACGGCUCCUUUGCGGACGAAAAUACCGAAGUUAUUGUUUUGGAAAAUUUGAAAAGCAACGGAUACGAAUUGUGGCCGAAGAAAGAACCAUUGUCACGACAACACAUCGCUUUAGUAGUGACGGAAUAUGGUAAAUAUCAUGCGAUGUCUUUGGCUCUACAACAUCAACGUCCAACUGAGUUUCAAAAAUUGGUCGAUACUAUUCAAGAUGUCACGGAAAAAUUUGGAAAAAAGGGGGGUGACCUCCAAGCCAUUUUUAACAAGUGUAUAGACGAGUCUCUUGAGGUGCUGAAAUAUGAUUUGGGUGAUAGUAUUUUGUUACGGUGGAAGGAUUUAAAAAAUCAAGUUACAAGCAUUUUGAAAGAUGCAGUGAAAAAUAGAACAGGGCUGAAGGUAAUUCUGCAUGGCGAUUGCUGGAGCAACAAUUUCAUGUUUAUACAUAAGGCAGGAGAAGAGAAAGUUCCUUUGAAGGUUACAUUUUUGGACUGGCAACUCUCAAAAUACGACUCUCCAAUUGUCGAUUUAUCAUACUUUUUGUUCACUUGUCUUUCUAAAGAUGGUUUUGAAGCGUUGGAUGAAAUCUUAGUUACUUACCAUACCUCUUUUGUGAAUCAUUUGGCUCAGUUAGGGAUAGAAAAGCCAGAUACGUUAUAUCCUUUUGAUCAGUUUUUGGCGGAAUGGCGUGGUUCUUGUAAAUACGGCAUUUUGAUGGCAAGUUUGCUAAUGAAAAUUGUUUCGACAGAAAAAGAUGAAAUUGUGGAUUCAGCUCAAGCCGCUGAAAGUGGAAAAAAAUUUGGUCAUUCCUUGUUAAAUGAAAUUAGGAACAAGGACAAUUAUAAGCGGAGAAUUCAACCAGUUGUGCAAUAUGCUGCAAAAUAUAAUUUAAUAUGAUUUGUGCCUAUUUCGUUUACAAAUAAAAGAUGCAUGCUCAGUAA